UUUACUGUGGCCAGUGUUGUACAACGUAAAAAACCACAUCGCAUUUUCAACUUUUGGCAUACUUCAAAGGGAAAGCUGUCAUAAUCUUGAUAUUUUGUCAACAAUAUAUAGUUUAGCUACGAAGCUACGGAUAAGUUAUAAGUACCUGACCUUAUCGGCUCAUUUCACGCCAAAUUCGCCACUGGGGAUUAACUUCUUCGGCAUUACGUGUUCAGCUAUAUAGGUGCUUUCAAUUUCAUUCGCCAGCCACAGCAAUCACGGCAAGCGGCUUGAUAACACCGGAUACGGGCAGAGCUAAAAUAGAGGGCACUUACUAAUUAACUUCGACCUCUGUGAUAACUAGAAGCACAAAAUGACUGAUAUUAUCAAGAAAGGAGCGCUCUUCCUCAUGAGCGAGAAGUGUUAUGACAACUACUUCCUCGAGCACAACUUCUUGGACAUUCCCUGUUUCAAGGCUCUGCUGAGCAAGGGCCUUGGCCUGGCCAUCAUUGCCGGGUCCGUGCUGGUGAAGGUGCCGCAAGUGCUCAAGAUCCUCAACAGCAAGUCUGGCGAGGGCAUUAACAUUAUGGGAGUGGUGCUAGACUUGCUGGCCAUCUCGUUCCACCUGUCAUAUAACUUUAUGCACGGCUACCCAUUCAGUGCUUGGGGCGACAACACCUUCCUGGCCAUUCAGACUGUUGCCAUCGCUGUUCUGGUUAUUUACUUCAAUGGUCGCAAGCUACAAGCCGGAGCGUUUCUAAUUGGAUAUCUUGUGCUGAUGUUCGUCCUUAACUCUGGACUGACUUCUAUGAAAGUCUUGUUCACCAUCCAGAGCUGCAACAUUCCCAUUCUCUUGGUGGGCAAGCUCUCGCAGGCGUACACUAACUACCAGGCUGGAUCCACCGGACAGUUGUCCGCUGCCACUGUGAUAAUGAUGUUUGCCGGGUCGGUGGCCCGCAUCUUCACAUCUAUUCAGGAGACUGGUGACACCAUGAUCAUCGUCACCUUUAUUGCGUCCACCUUUGCGAACGGUGUGAUCCUGUCACAAUUGAUCUAUUACUGGAACAAGCCAGCCGGCGUUGUCAAGGAUGCGAAAGCCCAAGGAAAGAAGCCCAAAAGCAAGAAGGAUGAUUAGGAAGACGAUGCAGAAACAGAGAAGUGAACUCGAAAACAAAUAAACUUAGUUAGCAACGAUUUCUCGACAUUGUAGAACAAAUGAGCAACUUCAAAUAAAGAGUCCUAGAUCAUUA